AUUCCAUAUCCUAAAACAAAUCGCUUGGAUAUUUCUGAUUUAUAUAAAGACAAUAAGCCAAGCUUUGCUUUGAUGAAAAAUCAUUUCCAACAAGAAGGUAGAAUAACUCAGAAAGCAGCUUUACAGAUUAUUGAGGAUGCUCAACAACUUUUAAAGCAAGAACCAACAUUACUUGAAGUAGAAGCCCCAAUAACAAUUUGUGGUGAUGUUCACGGUCAGUUUUUUGAUUUACUGAAAUUGUUUGAAAUUGGUGGACCACCCAGUCAAGUUAGAUACUUGUUCCUUGGUGAUUAUGUGGACAGAGGAUAUUUCAGCAUAGAAUGUGUUUUAUAUCUUUAUGCCAUAAAAAUUAAUUUUCCUCUGUCAUUUUUCCUGCUGAGAGGCAACCAUGAAUGUCGCCAUUUAACUGCUCACUUCUCUUUCAAGCUAGAAUGUAUGAUAAAGUACAGUGAAAAAAUUUAUGACAGUGUUAUGGAAUCAUUUGAUGCUUUGCCAUUAGGUGCUCUUGUGAACAAACAAUUUUUGUGCAUACAUGGAGGUUUAUCUCCACACAUUCACACUCUGCAGGAUAUUAAGAUGAUAUACAGAUUCAGUGAACCCCCGGCCAUGGGUCCUAUGUGUGAUUUACUCUGGGCAGAUCCCACAGAAGAUUUUGGCAAUGAGAAAUAUGAAGAUCUCUUUCUGAUCAAUACCAGUAGAGGUUGUUCUUAUAGAUACUCGUACCAAGCUGUUGUGAAUUUCUUGAAUGAGAAUCUGCUUCUCUCUGUCAUCAGAGCACAUGAGGCUCAAGAUGCUGGCUAUCAGAUGUACAAGAAGCAUGCAACCACUGGCUUUCCUGCAUUGAUGACUAUAUUUUCUGCUCCAAACUAUUUGGACGUGUAUCACAAUAAAGCUGCCAUAAUAAAAUACGACAAAAAGAAAUUAAAUAUAGAGCAGUUCACCGAUUCAGUGCAUCCCUACUGGUUGCCAAACUUCAUGGAUGCCUUCUCUUGGUCACUGCCGUUCAUUGGAGAACGAGCUACACCACUUCCGCAGAUCAAUGCAGUGAAAACUUGUUCAGAUGAAUAUUUACCACAGCUUCACACAGACCAAAUAGGCAAUCAGUUAUUGAAGGAUCUUGAAAAGAAAAAAGCCGCCAUCCAGAGCAAAGUGAGAGUCAUCAGUAAAAUGAGCAGAAUGUUCAAAAUACUCAGGGAAGAAAGUGAAUCUUUGGUAGUGUUGAAAGGACUAACGCCCAAUGGCAUGCUACCCAUUGGAGCACUAACAGGUGGAAAAGAAGGACUAGAAAACGCGAUGACAGGUUAUAUGCCUAACAUGAAAAUAAAAACGUUUGACGAUGCAAAACUCCUCGACAAAGAAAACGAGACUUGGCCGUCCGCUAAUAAAGCUCCAGGGGAAUGA